CCAUGGCUGCAGUGGAGCCUUUCUACCUCUUGUACAGAGAGAUUGGCCGCUCCUGCAGUUUUUAUGUAGAGGCCCUGGCCAUAGUUGGAGCUUGGUACACCAUCAGAAAGUGCAUCUCUCUUGGGUUUAACACUUACAGGGCGCUUAGGUUGCACUUAAUUCCAAAGCUGGUCGGUGAGAUUGAUCUUGUCAAGCAGUAUGGAAAAUGGGCCGUGGUCACCGGUAGCACAGAUGGUAUCGGGAAGGCAUAUGCUGAAGAACUGGCAAAGCGGGGUGUCAACAUCAUCUUAAUCAGCCGGAGCAAAGAGAAGCUGGAGGCUGUGUCGAGGAGCAUAGCUGAAACCUAUAAAGUGGAAACAGAUUUCGUAGUAGCUGACUUCAGCAAGGGGCGUGAGCCUUACCCAGCCAUUAAGGAGGCUCUGAAAGACAGAGAUAUCGGGAUUUUGGUGAAUAAUGUGGGAGUGUUUUAUCACUACCCAGACUAUUUUACCAACCUGUCUGAGGACAUGCUGUGGGACAUGGUCAACGUAAAUAUUGUUUCUGCUAACAUGAUGAUACGUUUUGUGCUGCCAGGCAUGGCAGAGAAGAAGAAGGGGGCAAUUGUGAAUGUUUCUUCUGGAUCCUCUUGUCAGCCAACACCAAUGUUUACGGUCUAUGGAGCCUCUAAAGCCUACUUGGACUAUCUCAGUAGAGCACUACAUUAUGAGUAUGCCUCAAAAGGAAUUUUUAUUCAGAGCUUAACACCAUUCUUCAUUGCUACAAAAAUGGCAGUAUGCAGCAGCAUCAUAUCAAAGAGAUCUUUCUUUGUUCCUUCCGCCGAAGAAUAUGCAAGUCAUGCUGUUUCUACACUUGGGUUAUCCACCAGGACUACUGGUUACUGGAAGCAUGCAAUAAAGUUCGCAUUGGCUGAGCAUCUACCUGAAUGGAUCUGGGCAUGGUUUGCAUUGUAUUUUCUCAGAACUGUACGCAAGAAAGUUUUAACGUGCAAAAUGAAAUAG